AUGCCCAUCUUCCGCACCCUCACCACGAAGCUCAAAACCUCGCUCUCGGCUUCUUCCUCACCGGACACUUCGCCUUACAACUCGCCCACCUCCCCCCACCAACCAUCAUCGUUUGAAAAAGUCAGUGGACGCAAGGAAGGAAACACUAGUACGACGGCGAACAAGAGACCGGAAGUGCAAGCACGAGUGGAUUCAUUCAUGACGCAAGGAAGCAACAUGAGUAAUGAGAGUGUGGAUGAGAAGAAGCGGAGGCGCAUUAGCCGAUUCCGCGAGGAGCUUGACUUUGAGGCUGAUAGAUGA